CCGCAGCGGGCGGAGCGCCGUGGGCCGCGUCCUCCUGAGCCGUGGCGGUGGCGGCGGCAGCGGUAGCCUCAGCUCCUGCUCCCGGUGCGGCCGGCUCCAGAGCUGUCUCCCGGGCCCCCCCGGGCCCCCGGGCCCUCGAGCCCGGUGCGCGCCCUCGCGUCCCGCCGGCCCCCUCCCCCGGCUGGGCCCGGGGGAGGGUGGCGCCGUGAGCGAGCGGGGACCGGGCUCUCUUGCCCCUUCCCCUGCCCCUGGGCCGCCAGAAUGGAGGCGGGGUCGGGGCCCCCGGGCGGUCCGGGAUCCGAGAGCCCCAACCGGGCGGUGGAGUACCUGCUGGAGCUGAACAACAUCAUCGAGAGCCAGCAGCAGCUGCUGGAGACCCAGCGGCGGCGCAUUGAAGAGCUGGAGGGCCAGCUGGACCAGCUCACCCAGGAGAACCGCGACCUGAGGGAGGAGAGCCAGCUGCACCGCGGGGAGCUGCACCGGGACCCCCACGGCGCGCGGGAUAGCCCCGGCCGCGAGAGCCAGUACCAGAACCUGCGCGAGACCCAGUUUCACCACCGAGAGCUGCGGGAGAGCCAGUUCCACCAGGCGGCUCGGGACGUGGGCUACCCGAACCGGGACGGCGCCUACCAGAACCGGGAGGCGGUGUAUCGGGACAAGGAGCGGGACGCCGCCUACCCGCUUCAGGACACUACCGGCUACCCAGCCCGCGAGCGCGACGUGGCCCAGUGCCACCUGCACCACGAGAACCCAGCCCUGGGUCGCGAACGUGGCGGGCGGGAGACCGGGUCAGCUCACCCGGGCCGCGAGAAGGAAGCCGGCUAUUCGGCGGCGGUGGGCGUGGGGCCCCGGCCACCGCGGGAGCGGGGCCAGAUGAGCCGUGGCGCAUCCAGGAGCUCCAGCCCCGGGGCCGGCGGCGGCCACAGCACCAGUACCAGCACCAGCCCGGCCACAACCCUCCAGAGAAAAUCUGAUGGUGAGAAUUCCAGGACAGUCAGGUCCACAGCGUCUCAUACUCUACACCAGUAUUGCUGUCCUACUCAGGUCCUUGACUCCAUGAAGCUUACCCCCUCAGGCAGGCUGGCAGAGAGCAGACAAGACCAGGUGAAGCCAUAUGGUGGUGGAGCCUUGAAUGCCAACUUGGAGAGUCUGACCUUUUAUCCAGGAAGUGACGGAGAGCCAAGGGAAGAGGAGGAGGAGGAGGAGACUGAGGAAGAGGAAGAGGAAGACGCUCAUCAGUUCUGCUGUCCGGCCUCCGAGUGCAGUAGUCCCUCCUCUCGGUAACUGAGAGGACAAGGGUCAUUUUCUAUGCAGAAGCAAAAGCCUUAACCAGCCCCCUCACCCCCCCCCCCCCCGCUAUCCCCUAUGGGACCCUGUCCCUGCUUCAGGAUGGGCAAGCAUCGUGCCCCUUCCUCCCCCACCUCCUUGGAAUUCCCACACACCCCUACUGCUGUUUCCCCUGGACUCCAGCCCCCGAAUUAUAAAGGCUGGAGCCCUAGGUCUGACUAAAAUAUGGGAGUAGCAGAGCUUGGAGCUUGGAGCUUGGAACCUGGACCCUCCCGCACCCGCACCCCAUUUCCCAGGCACCCUGGAGCCUGCCACUCCUGGAAAGGUCUCCAAAUGACAUCCCAAGGACCUACCUCUGUCCUCUGUGAGCACAAACAGAGAUGCAGGGUGCCUAGGGCUCAGAGGACCAGACGGGGGCGGUACCCAGCCUGCCUAGUUCCCCGUUGCUCGUUCCCUCACUGCGGCCAUUGCUGCCAUCUCCUCCGCCGCUUGAAGGCCUCGUCCCGUGCCCUCUGCCACUCCCAUAGUGCUCUGUAAAUAUGAUCAGGAGAAAAAGGCCUUUCAGAGUGCGUGUGUCGCUGUGUACAAAGGAAUUUCCAUCAAUAAAAGCUGAUCUCUUC